CAAUACCGUACAAACGAAUUAAGACGUGAAAGAUGACGAAGAAGGUAARUAGAACGAAGCGAGAGCACACACAAAUACUUCAAUGUUGACUUCUUUAAUAGACUUGUCGUUUUUCAAUAGUCCGUUGAAUCUUCGUCUGGAAGAACGUUUUGUUUCGAUGUGUCACAGAACACCAACAGAUAAUUGCGCUGACGCUGUUCACACCAUUGCUUCAUUGCUUUCGAACCACAAUUCUUGCUUGGUGUUGCUACCUCCCUUUGAUCCUUUUGUAGGUUUUGUUUCUCAUUACAUCGGCUCCUUCUUUUGGGAAAUCGACAAAAUUUCCAACAGGAGUGUGGUUGGAAGAACUAGCGGCACCGUACAAGAUUUUCAAGGAMGCAGGAUACGACAUCACCUUUUCYAGCCCUACGGGGGGUCCUAUUCCAAUCGAUGCCAAUUCCUUGAGGGGAGACUUUUUCACAGAUGUAGCAAAGACAUUUUUGCACGACGCCGAUGCCAUGGAUAUGUUCGGUCACAGCAAAAUGAUUACCGACGUGGAUACGGGCGAUUACGAUUGUCUCUACAUCCCCGGAGGCCACGGUUGCUGCGAUGAUUUCGUMGGCAAUGCCGGGGUGAAGGACGCCAUCGAAUCCGCAUACGGWGCCAAGAAAAUUGUUGCGGUCGUUUGCCACGGUCCGAUCGCCCUCGCCGAAUGCGUCAAGCCGGGUACCACCACUCCCCUGGUGGAAGGCCUUUGCGUGACCGGAUUUAGCGACGCGGAAGAAGCGGCUGUUGGUCAAACGGACAACGUUCCAUACCUCAUCGAAACACGCUUUAAAGAACAGGGUGCCAAGUACGAAAAAGCGGAGUCCGACUGGGCAUCCCAUGUCUGUGUCGAUGGCAAUUUGGUCACGGGGCAAAAUCCUGCAUCGUCUACCGCGGCGGCGCAAAAGGUGGUGGAAUUGAUGUCAUAGGUUGCUGGUUGCUGUGUGGCAUUGAUAUUCACAAUCGCUUCGGAACUCUUGUGGUUCGAAUUCGUAGGUGUGCAAUAUCAUCCUAUACGGYUGUCCUGUCGGAACUAGAAGUAAACGGUAAAGAAUCAUCAAUUUAAUACGUGCAUGCAUUUUUAUCUAUUGAAAUAAAACUACUUUUCAGAG